AAACUAACCGCUUUAUAUUCGAAUCAUCCCGCCUUUCAACCGCAAGCGAGAAUUACCAACUGAAUUCUAAGUCCACAACCACCCUUCACCAAUCAUCCUCCUUCUUCCUUUUCUCUCUCUCGCUACAGAUACAAUCGAUUGAAACCCCGAUACACUCGAAAUUAACCACUGCCUGCGUCUCUUUCUGUGCGGAACUUCCCCCCUUACUCUGUCGUUUUCGUGCUGCUGUUUUCGCUCUAUUUUUGGAGGAAAUGGAAACGAUCGUUGUGGAGGAUUCUCGCAUUAUUCUGAUCGGAGGGGGAAUGCUUGCCGAUUUGUGAAAACUUUCAUAUCACUCACGUAGAUUAGUUUCAAGGCAGCAUACUUUUCUUGAAGAUUUUGAUUGGGGGGAGAUGGAAUUAGAUUUGCCUAAGUCAAAAGCUGUUGAAUUGGAAGAGAAGUCGUUAAGGACUACUCUCCGGCAUGUUCAAGAACAGGGGCAUCCAUAUGUCGAGCUUAGGGAAAAGGGGAAGAAGAACAGGUUGAUCUUUUUCUGUAUUUUGUGUCUUGCACCUUGCCAUGGUGAUUCUUGCUUGGUUAACCACUUGAAGGGCCGUAGACACACUGAAAGACUAGCCUCUGCACGACUUACACUGCUCAAACCAAAUCCAUGGCCGUUCAAUGAUGGUAUGAUUUUCUUCCAUGACCAUACGAAGGAGCAAAGUAAAAAUGUACCUGCUUCGGACCGUGGGAAAAACAAGUCGGUAGAUGUUGCAGACAGCCGUGCAAAGCGUAAGUAUAGUAGUAAUGUUGGACCGGUUGCUAGUACACAGACUUCCCUGAAGAUUAAGGGCAACGCCAAUCGUGAUAAAAAAUCCAGUAGUUCUACAUUGGAUGGUGAUAAAACUGGUGGGAUACUAGUUAUUCCUGAUGUUAUGCAAGAAGGCAAGGCUUCUGAUUUGGUGGUGAGGCAUAUUGGAGUUGGAAGAAUUGGUGCCAGGUUUAGGGAGAAGAAGGUUGGAGGCAUCAGUGCAAUUUUGAGAAUAUGGUGUGAAUGGCUAGGGAAUACCACUGAGAAUUUUGAUAGGUUUCCUAACCAUCACUUUGCUAUUGUUACCUUUUCUUACGACUAUCACUUGGGGCGGGUGGGGUUAGUUGAUGGUUACGAUUAUAUGCUUCCAUCGGUUCCUUACAUACAACCUGAGAAUAUUCGCUCUCGUAGAGGCAAGAAGAGGAAGUUAGUUUCUGAUCCAAAGAAUAUAAGUGAGGCCUUAAGAAUUCAAGAUCACUCUUCUGGGAAAGAGUCUCAAUCUUCAAAAAGUUCAAAGUCAAAUGUGCUGUUCACCAGAGAUGAAGAUAGAUUGGCUCGCAUUAUGGCGAGCAAGACUCUGAGGAAACGAUUAAGAAAAGAAUACCGUUAUUAUGCUGAGAGAUUUUGUGAAAUAUGCAGAACGAAGAUGCUGCCGGGAAAAGAUGUUGCUGCCCUGUUAAAUAGGAUUACUGGAGUGCUUGUAUGCAGCAGUAGAAAUCGUCAUGGGAUAUUCCAUGUGUAUCACAUAUCCUGUAUCAUUCAAUGGAUACUGCACUUUGAGGUUGAGUUUGCUUUUGAUAAUCAGAAUGAAAUUAAAAUGGCUAAAGCCAAGAAAGGGAAGACGAUCACCCCAAUUUGCUCGGCAUUCUGUCCUGAAUGCCAAUCCACUGGUACAAUAAUGAAAGGGGAUGAACUCGAGGACACACAUGCCCCUAUUACUGAGACCACCGAGUAUAAGAAAAAACUGUUUGCUGCUCGCGAAGCUUGGAUAAAAAGUCCAGAAAUGUUGGAUAACUGCUCAAUUGGUUUUCGUUUCCCUCAGAAUUAUGCUCCAACAUAUCAGGAAAUUGUAGAACAACUGAAAGUACUGCACUUCUAUCGAGCAAUUGAGUAGAUGGGUUUGCGGCGAUGACAGUUUGAACCAGACAACUUAGGUUCUUACGUACGUUGGAUUUGCUUACAUCUGUUCGUUGUAAAUACAUUGCAAUCUUUUGUGAAGAUUUACUAUGAAGUUCUCCUCACAUAUUCAACUGUGCGGCUAUCAGAUAUCAUCCAAU